UUCCAACAUGGCAGCGCCGAGCAACGCAGAGCAAACGCAGUUGCAAGACAUGGAGGAGGAAGAAGCAGGGAUGGAGGAGAGAGAGAUGGAAUCGGAGGAGGAAGACGAGGAGGAGGGCAUGGGUGUAGAAAACUCAGACGACGAAGAUGGGGAUUCGUCUGAGGACGAGAAAGAGAACGAAGCGGAGAUCCAGCGUCUGGAGGAGCAGUUGUCAAUCAAUGCUUUUGACUACAAUUGCCACGUUGAUCUUAUUAAACUGCUUAAACAAGAGGGAGAACUUGUCCGCCUGCGGAAGGCAAGGCAGAAGAUGAGCGAACUUUUCCCUCUCACUGAAGAGAUCUGGCUAGACUGGCUCAAAGAUGAGAUCAGUCUGACUGAGGAAGAGUCGAAUCGAGACACAGUGUACGAGCUCUUUGAGAGAGCUGUAAAAGACUAUAUCUGUCCAGAUAUUUGGCUUGAAUAUGCCCAGUACUCAAUUGGGGGCAUGGGCUCACCAGGUGGCAUAGACAAGGUGAGAUCCAUCUUUGAAAGAGCGGUGACGGCUGUGGGGCUUCACAUGACCAAGGGACAGACGGUGUGGGAGGCGUACAGAGAGUUUGAGAAUGCCAUUCUGUCCACAGUGCAGCCUCCUCCUGGCAGGAUUCCCAGCCGUGAUGAACAGGAGCGGCUGAAGGCUCAGCUCGACCGAAUCCACACACUGUUUCGUCGCCAGUUGGCAAUCCCCUUAAUGGACAUGGAAGCUACCUAUGCAGAGUAUGAGGAGUGGUCUGAACAGGGCGUGCCUGAGACCACCACACACCAAUACAAAAAGGUCUUGCAGCAGAUGGAGAAGUGCAAACCCUUUGAAGAGGCAUUGCUGGUAGCAGAACCUCCUAAGUUGGCAGAAUACCAGGCGUAUAUCACAUUUGAACUAAAGGAGGGCGACCCACCACGGAUCCAGUUAACAUUUGAGCGGGCUCUGGCUGAGAACUGCUUGGUACCUGACAUGUGGGCAAAAUACACUUUGUACCUGGACCGUCAGCUGAAGAUCAAAGACUUGGUCCUCUCCUCUCAUGAGCGUGCGGUGAGAAACUGCCCCUGGACCAUGAGUCUGUGGAAGAAGUACCUGCUGGCUCUGGAGAGGCACGGGACGGACCAUCUCACUGUGUCAGAUGUUUUUGAGAAGGCGCUGAAUGCAGGCUUCAUUCAAGCAACAGACUACGUGGAGAUUUGGCAGGCACACCUCGACUACCUGAGGAGACGCGUGGAUUUCAGUAAAGAAUCAAGUAAAGAGUUAGAGGAGUUACGAGAGGCCUUCUCUCGAUGCCUUGACUACAUGAAACAAGAUGUUGAAGAAAGGUUUGGUGAAAGUGGAGAUUCUUCUUGUGUUGUCAUGCAGAUUUGGGCGAGGAUAGAGGCCCUCCACUGCAAGAACAUGCAAAAAGCCAGAGAAUUGUGGGAUAUUAUCAUGACUAAAGGGAACGCCAAAUAUGCCAACAUGUGGUUAGAGUACUACAACCUUGAAAGGUCUUAUGGGGACUCCACUCACUGCCGAAAGGCUCUCCACAGAGCAGUCCAGUGCACCUCAGACUACCCAGAACACGUCUGUGAAGUGCUGCUUACCUUUGAGAGGGUAGAAGGUUCGAUGGAGGACUGGGAUGUGGCGGUGCAGAAGACAGAAACACGGCUGAACAGGAUCAAUGAGCAGCGAGCAAAGGCAGCACAGAAAGAAGCCAACCAGGCUCGCCAAGAGGAGGGGAGAGAUGAGCAGAGACGGAGGGCCAGAGCUGAUAAGAAGGCUCAGAAAAAGACCCAGAAGGGAACUCAAGCUGGGGAGAAGAGGAAGGCACAUCAAGAAGAUGGUCGGGAUGAAUGGAACGAGGACUAUGGUUCCAAGAGGCACAGAGGCAAUGAUGACAACGCUACAGACGAGUACAUGGAGACCGAGGCCGGACUCUUCGGGAGGACUGCUCCCCCUGGCUUUAAAAAAGCCCAGCAAGGAUCAGCAGCCGCAGCCCAGGGACACGGCGACGACAAGCCCGAGCUCCGAGAUGACGGCUCCAGCGUAUUCAUCAGCAACCUAGCAUACACUCUGAAGGAACCAGAGGAUAAACUAAGAACGCUGUUUGAGAUCUGUGGUCCAAUCAAACAGAUCCGACCAAUUUUCAGCAACAACAAGCAAGUCUUCAAAGGUUACGGCUAUAUACAGUUUGAAUCCCUGGCGUCGGUCUCUGAAGCCCUGAAACUGGACAGACAGGAGGUGGAGGGCAGGCCAAUGUUUGUGUCUCCUUGUGUAGAUAAAAACAAGAAUCCCGACUUUAAGGUGUUUAAAUACAACACAUCAAUGGAAAAACACAAAAUCUUCAUCUCUGGACUGCCGUUUUCCUGCACUAAAGAGCAGCUGAAAGAAAUCUGCAAAGGCCACGGCACCAUCAAAGAUAUUCGUCUCGUCACAUAUCGCUCAGGAAAACCAAAGGGUCUGGCAUAUGUCGAGUUUGCAGAUGAAACUCAGGCCUCUCAGGCGGUGCUGAAACUUGAUGGCAUGGAUGUAGAGGACAACAAAAUCUCUGUUGCUAUAAGCAACCCUCCUCGUAGAAACUUAAUGGAUAAACCUGGUUCCAGCAGGCCCACAGCAGACUUGAUGCCCCGUCAGAUUUAUGGAUCGAGAGGGAAAGGACGCACCCAGCUGUCUUUACUCCCGCGGUCUUUGCACCGUCAAACAGCAGCUGUAGGCAAAGCGGAGAACGGGACUGCAGCUGAAACCACAAGCACAGCAAGAGAAGAGUCCAAACCUUUGUCAAAUUCAGACUUUGCCAGGAUGCUUCUCCAAAAGUGAGAGGCGACGAGCAGCAGAAAUACGACAGCGUUCACUCUGAAAGCCAUCUUGUGUCCUUACAAAUUAGUGUCGGUGAGUUUUCUGUAAUUGGUUACCUGAUAGUCCCUUUAAACUCAGUCACACUCUCAUCAUACAUUGUGCAAAACUGCCUUAAUUGUCAUGGAAAAAAAAAACAAGAUUUAUUUUUCCCCCCUCCUUGUGUGUCAUAGUUUUUGUGGGGCGUGUUUGAAGGAAGCUGCCAGGCUAUUUUAUAAAAGUGUAUCAUACUUGUGUGUAAAUAUACUGAAUCUAAAGUUGCAAGCCUGCCGUUGCAAGUUCUCUGCUUUUUGUUGUGUAUUUUAAAGGGAUCAGACAGAAAUUUAUUGCAAAGAAUCUUUUUUUUUGAAUAUUCUAAAUAGUUAAAAUUGUGAAUGUUGUUUUAUAAGGUAUAUGCUGUGAUACGCGUGAUGUGUGAACAUAAUGUGGAUGUGCUAUGGUGAUGAAAAGAAACUACAACUGUGGUUGUGUAACUUACUUGGACAUCUAAGGACACAGCUAACAAUACUACCCAUGAUGCUUUUCAGACGGUUAACCACAACAAAUUAAUUAGUUAUACACAAUGCCAUUUCUGAGUUAGCAUCUGCUCUUUAUCAUCAGUAUUAUGACGCUGUUGAGAUCAGCAACUGGUUGACUGUCUUUUCCUUUCUUUGAGUGUUUAUUACUGCGUGAAAGAUGCAUUCAUGUCAUAAUGCUGAUGUUUGAGUUUAUAAUCACACAACUUCCAAGUCAACAAUCUUUUUUCAUAAUGGUAAAUGGCAGUGUAUCUGUAACAGAACCGGACAGUUAUGUCCUACUUCAGAUGGGGAUUUAUGUGUCGUAUUCCUGAGAUUUCAGGUAUAUUUCAACCAACAGCUCCCACAACUUUAGUGACCUAGAGUUUUUUUUUUUUUUUUUUUAAAGAAUGUAUAUAAAUUUAAAGAGGAAAUUAACCACAUUUCCUUAAUUCUGUGGAAUUAAGAGUCCACAUACUGUAUAAGUAAGAUGUCAAUUUUGCUGAAGAAAUUUUUUCAUUCCAACUUCUGAGUAAAAAAUGUCAAGCGUGUUGUAUUUCCAAUUGUUCUAAAUGGAGAACCUUUAUCAACUUUAGUUUUGUCCCCCAAAUAAUUGGAACUCUAAUCUCAAGAUAUACUUAUCAAAUAUUGUCUACAUGCAUCCCUCCAAGAGUUUUAAAUGUGAAUCUGAGACUUAGUUUGGACCAGAUUUUUUUUUUUUUUUCAAUGGUGGUCUCACUUUUGUCUCAUUAAUACUAAAAAAUAAUUAUAAAAAAAAUAAAACAGGUAACAGCUGUCAUCUAACAUAUUUAUGUUUGAAAAAUAGAAAAAGGAUCUAUGCAGUUUUCCCCACGUCAGGGAAUGAAGAGUUGUCUACCAGUCUUGUAUGAAUAUGAAUGAUUCUGUGUACAUAGUGUUCAGUACAGUACAUUUUCUCUAAUAGUUUGUAAUAAAAAAACAUUCACAACAGAUGACAAAUGUUGCUCUCACCACAGUGCCCUAUUCUAAAACAAGUCUAUAAAAGUCAUCAUCUUUAUGUCCAGUAUUAGAAGGUUGUGUUAUGUGCAUUGCUGUUUUGUAUAAGAGUCACUGUUUUUAGUUAGGAGUAUUGGUAAAUAAUAAAAGGACAGUUUUGAUUUAA